AUGGAGGCUGGAGUCGGGGUUUUGGGUAACAAGGUCGGCAUGCUGACGUGGUUCACUGAGGACGGCAAGGCCGUUCCCUGCACGGUGAUUGGCUUCCACGAGGGUAACAUUGUUACGCAAGUGAAGACCUCUGACACCGAUGGUUACAAUGCCGUGCAGGUGGGGUACCGGCGUGUGCGCGAGGGGCGUCUGUCGAAGCCCGAGGCGGGGCACGCGAAGAAGAGCGGCGCGCCGCCGCUGCGCCACCUGCAGGAGUUCCGCCUGCCCGCGGAGACCGUGGCGCAGUUCGCGCCGGGGCAGCAGAUCAAGGUGGAAGAGCUCUUUCAGGCGGGCGACCUGGUUGAUAUUAAGGGCGUCAGCAUCGGCAAGGGAUUCGCGGGUGGCAUCAAGCGUUGGAACUUUGCCCGCGGCCCCAUGACCCACGGUUCCAAGUCCCACCGUCAGCUGGGUUCCAUUGGUGCUGGUACCACCCCCGGUCGCGUUUACCCCGGAAAGAAAAUGCCCGGGCAGAUGGGUAACGCCCAGGUGAAAAUCCGGAAGCUGAAAAUCAUGAAGGUUGACCCUGAGCUCCGGGCGGUUAUUAUUCGGGGGGCUGUGCCCGGGAAGGCUGGAAAUUUGCUGCGCAUCUGCCCGGCAAAGAUUGUCGGGAAGAAUGUGCCCACCAAGUGA